AUGGUUCCCGAGAUCGCCUUUUCUUCUCAAUUAUGUCCGGGGACGCGCAUCUUCGCUUCUAUUAGCAAUAUUUUCCCGCGCGAAGCGCUUGAGUCUGCACGACGUUGGGAAAUAUUCACCCUUCGUGUGUCUUCUACGUACGCGCAAAUACAAUUCCUCCACAGAUGCCUUGACAAUCAUGUGCUUCCGAAGAGCCUGUCGUACAGGCCACCGGUGAACACAAGUCUGGCCAAACGGUGGGUGGCUGAACAUGGCAGACGAAUGAUUCGGGCGCUUCUCCAAGAUUGCCAUCUUCGACUGCGUAAAUACAACAGGGUUUUGAGCCAGGCGGUUACAAAGUGCGUCGAACUUAUCGGUGAUGACGGAGUCGCGCAGUUGCAAGAAGUGAUUAAUAAACGGGCCCGGAACCUGCGAGCAACAAGAGAUGCCGAGCUGGCGGUCAAGCUCCAAAGCAUAAGCAAAUCAUCUCAAGAGGAGAACCAAGUCCUGGUGCACAAUAUGUCCUCUAAGCAGCUGACUCCUGCACAAAUGAAAGUGCUGAGUCAUGAGGCUUGCUUCAACACCACAGACGCCGAUCCAGUCAAUCUCGUGGCCACGGUAGAGUCGAUUCUCAAACAAACCGGGGAAUCCGACGAAACAAAGCAUCUCAUUGGACAGCAGGUAGCCUCCUUGGCGAUGUCACACAAACCGCGUGCAACUAUUACCAAGGCCGAGCAGAGCGCUCUCAAGACACUGAGGGCUGACACCAGCAUCGUGAUUCUACCAGCCGACAAAGGGCGUUCCACAGUUGUGAUGGAUAAGGCAGACUACAUUCAGAAGGCCAAUGUCCUACUGGAGGACUGA